AUGUCUGGUCAUCACGGACAUACAUGGCAGCUGCAGAAUUCCACCCUCUUGACCCAGAGCCUGGUCCCAGAGAGAAACCCUCACCACAGUGACCACCUGGGACUAUGCAUCGUUCAUAUCCUGAUGGCACUGUGGGCUUGUCUGGCCAACUGCAGUCAGAUUGUCAACGUAGCUCUAAGCCCUAGUCUGAGACACCAGCCCAAAAACAUUCUCGUCCUGAAUGUUUGUAUCACGGACCUCAUCAUUGGAGCCUUCUUAUGUCCUUUGUACUCUGACAGCCUCAUGCAGGGCACUUGGAGACACGACGUAGACACAUGUAUCGUGUACGAGGUCAUCUUCUAUGCCCAGGUUUCAAUUUCCACCUUGUCAGUUCUUGUCCUCAUUGUGGAGCGGUUUUACUACCUUCUCACCCCUCGCAUGAUGGACGGUUCUGGGAAAAAUUGCGUCACCACAGUACUUACAGCUCUUCCUUGGGUCAUAGGUUCAGCGCUGGUCGUCCCCAUGUUUCUCAAUGGGGCCAGGGCGUCUUUCAACGAGGGAACAAGAUCAUGCCAGAUUCUGUGGAAGAAGAAAUUCCAGGCAGUGACUGUCUUUGUCAGCUUCUUCUGUCCAGCUUUUUUAGUGCUGUCAAUGACAGCGGCCGUGGUGAUGCUCUAUGUGAUCUUCUCUGUGAUUGCCAAGCGGAGAGAUCUGGGGCCUUACCCUGACAGGUUUCUGAUGCGAGACUCCCUUCGUGUUGUCCUGUUAUCCAGCUUUGUCUGCGUAUUUCUUCAGUUCCCAUUCUUCAUUGUGCUGCUAAUGGAGAUCUUCUGCCAGAGAGACAUCAGCAACAACUACGAACCGUGCGGCCAGUCUGAAUAUACCUGGGCGGUGGUUGCAGUAAUCACCAUGCUGAAACCUGGACUUAUGCCGCUAACCUGGCUGGCCUACACGGACAUUAGAAGUGGGUUCCAGGUGAGAAACUGGUCUUUGUGGUCUGUUAGAAGGCGACAGGCCAGAAGACAAAAUUCAACAGAAAACAGCGAUCCGUGUUUUAACAGUACAUCAAGGCUACACCGAACGGUUGCUUCUACAGCAAUGUGA